ACCUCAAAUGUGUCAGACGACCAACUACCUCUGAGACGACGAUCAAUUCCAAGAAAUAUGUACCACAGUUGAUCGCACCGGUCCCGUGUUCCCAUGCCGGUAGCCGUAGCUGGCUAUAGUUACACGAUCGUCACCACAUCACAUGCCACUUGGCUUCCCGUACAGCACAACACAGGUGCCUUGCGGUGCGGCGGCGGCGGUUUGCUCUUCUACACCUCAUUCGUUGUCGUCGUCGUCUUUCAGAGUUUCUCUCGCUCUCCGCGCAGGUGAGAAAACGUCUUGAUGUGUGUGUUUGGGGUAUGUUGGCAAAGGAAUUCCGCUGAGGAAAAAAUACACGUCGGCAGCCGCCAGUCAUUCCAGAGUGAACUUGCACCGUGGUUAGACGCCUUGAAGUCGCGAUCGCGCGUAUCGGGUUGUUGCUGCGCUUUGAACAGUGACGGAUAACAGAGGAAGAAACGACAGGGAAGAGGAGGAAGUGAGCGGUAUAGGCAGAGGAUCGAUCAAUGCAAUGUUGAUUGUUUCCGAGAUUGGAACCGGAUUUUGAGGGUGAUCGUAGGAAUUUGAAUGCAAGAGGAUUCUGGCGAGUGAGAAAACUGUCGACGUGUCGAUACGGCUCAAGAAUAUUUCGGUGUGCGACGUUGAUCGUGAGGUGAUCGCUCCGCCGUAGUGUGAGGAAAGGAAAUCAAGUGCCAAAUCUGACCAGUUCCGUUGCGGUGAAGUGAAGGGAAAACACUCAAGUGCCAGGUCGGAUCGAGUUAUUCGACGUGUGAUCGAGUGUCGUGUGAAGAAAAGAAAGAUAACAGAGAUAACCGUGUGAAGUGGGCGAUUGUCUGAAUGUGGGAUCUGAAUCAAUCAUUGGUGAAUCAAAAGGCGAAAAAAGUCAUAAAAGUGUGAGAAAAGAGAUUCCAAGACCGAGGAAAAAGUCGUUCAGCCAUAUUUAAGUUGCUUAACUUUUUCGCCUGAGUUGUGUCUUUCUCUCGCAAGAGGUUUCCAGUGUUGGUUUCCCAGUGGGUCGACCGGAGGUGCGAAAGAGCGCGAAAGAUACCGCGAUCGGAAUGUGGUGCCUUUGAGGCUUGCCAUGACCAAGUGAGUGUGUUUAUGUCCACGAAGCGGAUAUGCGCUAGUGUUGGUGUUGUGCUGCUCAAAGUGCAUGGAUUACGACGAAUGUGUGACCUGAACCCUUCGCCGGAGUCGUGAUGAUGUGAUUUCUUCCUCUUGGUGUUCCCGAACGUUCUUGGAGUGGAUUCUUUUUCGGAUAUUUUCCCUUUUCUGUAACCUGGACAAACACGUUCUGUCCCGAAAAAAAGUAGAACGAGUUUUUUAUUAGGCUGCCCCCGUAGAAGAAGAGUGUAGUGUGUCUGCUCGAAGAAGAACCUUGGCCGCUCAUAUGAAAGAACGAAAAAUGGGCGAUUCGACGCCAAUCUGUCGCUGUCGGGUACUUUAUCUCGGAAGUGCCGUACCCCGACAAAGCAAGGAUGGGCUUCAAGGUAUUCAGGAGCCUCUCCGAAGCCUUUACCCCUCAGAGGGUGCCAUCGGUGCCAAAGGGAUUGACUCCUGGCUUAGCGUGUGGUCCAAUGGGAUUCUACUGGAGAACGUAGAUGAGAACCGUAAACAGGUGACUCGGUUCUUCCCGAUCGACUCCCUGCACUACUGUGCAGCGGUUCGGCAGGUUUUGAUCCCGGAGCGGGGUAACAACAAUCCGGAACCCAAGUUCCUACCUCUGGACUCGCCCUUCGCACGCACUCCCCGUGCCCAGCAUCCACCGAUCUUCGCGGCGAUCCUUCGACGUACCACCGGUAUCAAAGUCCUCGAGUGUCACACCUUCAUCUGCAAACGGGAAGCAGCGGCCAAUGCGUUGGUACGCUGUUGCUUCCAUGCCUACGCGGAUAAUUCCUACGCUCGUCAGCUGGAAGGAUCCGGUAGCGGCAGCUCCAACAGCGUCUACGGAACGAUCGGCGGUAAAUCCAACGGAACGGCUGAAGGCGCUUGGCGAUCACGUGCCGGUAGUACGACCACGUUGAACAGCGUUGGCGUCAACAGUCGACAGGCAAUUAACGGCGUUGGCGAAGCGUACACAGUGAAAAAUCUGUACGCCAGCAGUGCCGACCUCGAGGUGGUGGACGACGGCGACGGUAGCUCGCUGUACAACGGUGACGAGAAUCACAAAAUCUGGAGCGGUUCAACCGACCAGCUCGACGGCAUCGGCGUCGGCGACAGUGGCCAUUAUGACAUUUACUCCGGCACCGGAUCGACCCUGGGCCGGCCGGCUCGGGCCCGGCAGAUCAGCGCCCCGGUGCCGGUGCCACCGCCACCGAAGGAAGAGCUGAAAAAGCUGAAGAAAGAAGCGAAGAAGCAAUCCAAACAUCAGCUACAGGUAGGAAGUCAAAGUCUAUCCGGUACGCUUAUAAGACCCCGUCCAAUGCACAUGAAUCCACUAGGUCGACCCGGGCCACCACCCCCUGGUGGCCCCGGAGGUCAUCCUGGCAUGAUGAUGUACACGAUGGGACCACCGCCCCCUCCCCCUCUGGGUGGCCGCCAGUUCCACACCAUCGGCCAUCGGAGCCACAACGGAACUGGCAUGCCGCCGAUGAUGCACCAUCCUCACCAGAUCCCGAUGCACCCGGGAAUGCCCCCAAUGCCUAUGAUGGUACCCCCGCAGUACGCCACCCUGCAACACCCACGCAGCAGUAAAAAGAAGAAAGACAAGAACAAAAUGAACGGCGGUAUUCCGAUAGGCGUUCCGGUGGUUCCGCCGAUGUUCGCCUACCCGCCGCCGCCCGGUCCCGGCUCGAUGAUGGAACCCCGACCGCUCUCGAUGAGCAACCGAAAGCUAGCCCAAUCGGCAGCCGCCGGUCUGGACGAAUCGGGCAACUCCGGUGCCGAGUCCCCCGGUGGCACCGGGAUCUACCGCCGCAAGGGCCACCUCAACGAACGUGCCUUCAGCUACUCGAUCCGGCAGGAGCACCGCAGCCGAAGUCACGGCUCGCUCGCUAGUCUACAGUUCAACCCGCCCGACAUGAAGAAGGAACGGGAGAUCGCCCAGAUGGUCGCCGGGCUGGAGCUGACCGAUGAAUCGACGCUGCAGCGGAGGCGAUCCGAAGUGAUGGCCGGAUCGUCCGGAACGUUCGGGAAGCCUCGGAGAUGAAGUUCGGAGCGGUGUGGAUCGGUCGACGUUGUUGCCGGUGGUGUACAGUUUUAAAUCGAUGUUGGGUGCCAGGAGUGAGUGAACGAUGACGGGACGUCUGCGUAUUGUUUCUGGGGACCUUUGCGGGUAAGUGGAGGAAGUUGAAGGUCUACGCGGAAUUUUGUGAAUUAGAUUGAGUGAGGUGGUUAGGGGAGGGUUUUUUGGUGGA